AUGCCGCCGACGAGGUGUCUACACCUCUUCGCCCUCGUGGCUCUAGUCGCCGUCGCCACCCAGCUCCCCACGCGCCUUAUUGAGCUGGUGGCGGCGGCCGGUGACGUUCUCUUCUCCCUCUCCAUGGGCGUCGUGCUCUGCAUGGCAUCCAUUCAUUUACUUGCUUUUCUUUGGAGCCCCGUGGCUCCCCUGCUAACGGUCGCAGGUUACUGCAUGUUUUUCGCGGCGAGUGGCCUGAUUGCUGUUACUGACUCCAGGUUUCGCAACGUAGGGUAUCUCCCCAGCCUUGUCGACGAGCUCCUCAGAGAUGAGGAGCUUCGGUCAAGUCUGCAGGAGGUGUAUAUCAAGCUGCGAGACGAGUACAGGAAGCAGCGAUCGGUUCUUGCCUCCCUCAACCACGGCAUCACCAAGGUCUGCAAGGAGCACAACAACCACUGUCGCGAAUUUCCGACAGUGUUUUCGAGAAUCUUUCGACCCGAUGUGCCGGCGGCACCUUUCCAGGACGCAGAGUGGACCGAACCACACGCCCUUGUCAAGAUUGGAAAACCGUGCGCUCCCAGGCCGGGUGAAAAACCCGUACCAACAAUCAAGGAGCGAUGCGUUUUAUCUCUCGUCCCUCGCCACACUCGCAGGCAGGCGUCAGAACCUCCGGGACUCCCCGUGUGA